AUGUAUUCAAAGAAUGCUACACUGCAGAGAUGUUUGCAGAAUCGCCGCUCGACUAUCAACUGUCUGCCAAAGACUGUAGAUGACAACAAAACAUUCCCAUUUUCCCAAGAGAAAACAGUCAAAGCAUGGACAUCUUUGGAGGAUCUGGACAGUCCUGGCAUCGAAGCAGAGGAGAGACCAAAAGAACAACAGAGCAUCAGUGUUAAUGUUGGAGGGAAAUUGUUUCUUAUCCCCCGAGAGUGUGCCGUUCAAUACCCUCAAACCCGUAUAGGCUCAUUGGCUCUCUGCAAGGACCGAGUGAAACUCCUCACGCUGUGUGACGACUAUUGCGUGCGCAAGAAUGAGUUCUUCUUUGACCGUGACCCUGCCUUCUUCCACCACAUCUGCCAUUUCUACACAAGUGGAGUGCUGUGGGUCAUACGGGAAAUGUGCCCCAUUAAUUUUGAGGAGGAGAUCGCAUACUGGGGCCUAAGCCUGAAGGACACCCAGCGCUGCUGCUGGAUGAUGUUCGAAGAGAAGGUGGAUGAGGUGAAGGAGACCCUGAAGGUGGAGAAGGAGCUGAUGGCUGAGAUCGAGGUGAAGUACGACAAUAAGUGUUUCAAGGACAUGGCCUUUGGGAGUGUGAGGAAGACUUUAUGGAACCUUGUGGAGAAUCCAUACUCUUCGCCUCAGGCGAAGGCUUUCACUGUGAUCUCCAACCUUUUAGUGCUCUUCUCCAUCGUUGCAAUGAGUCUCAACACUGUUGAGGAACUUAAAAUUUAUCAAAUCAAUGGCAAAACACACAUGGAAUGGGUGGAGAUCAUCACUAUUGUGUUCUUCACCUUUGAAUAUUUAACUCGCCUUGUCACCACUCCUAAUAUCAGAGUAUUUAUGAAGAGUGGACUCAACUUCGUGGACAUGGUGGCGGUCAUGCCUUAUUUCUUCCAGAUCAUCUUUGAAACUUUUUCUGAUUCUGAGAAUGUGAGUGCACAGGAAGACCUCAAGGCCAUGGCCAGGGUCAGCAAGCUUAGCCAUGUCCUCAAGGUCAUCAAGCUGCUGCGAAUCUUUCGGAUUUUGAAACUGGCUCGACACUCCACCGGUAUGAGAGCAUUUGGGUUCACCCUGCGGCAGUGUUACCAGCAGGCCUCUUGCAUUUUCCUCUUCAUUGCCAUGGGAAUCUUCACUUUCUCUGCUCUCCUUCAUUCAGCUGAGAGGGAAACUGAGGGAUCUCCUAUCAGCAGUAUCCCAUAUGCCUGGUGGUGGGCUGCGGUCAGCAUCUCCACUGUGGGCUACGGGGAUGUGGUUCCUGUAACUAUCGUGGGCCGCUUUGUGGCUUUUGGCUGCAUCUCAUUUGGUAUCAUCCUCAACGGCAUGCCAAUCUCUUUCCUCUUUAACAAAUUCUCAGAUUACUACGCCAAGCUAAAAGCAGAGGAGUACAACCCUAAGAUAGUGCAGCGCCGCUUUCAUCUUAAAAAGCGCCUCCGACGCAAAAUAGACAUGUAUUUGCAUCACUCAGAGGAAGACAACAGUACAGACGACCGUUGCCAGUUCCCAACACUGAUUGAAACAUAAACUCUAGGGGUGUGUUAAGUGGAACUAUGUUGCCUGGUAAACUUGUAACUCCUCAAGUUUAACAAACAGCGUUAGCCACAGAUAAAAUAAUACUUUGCACUGAUGCAGUUUCGCCUUGGCUCCUUUGCAUUGACCACUGACUCAGACCAUCAAAUGAUUUUAAGUCAUUUUAUUUACAGUUUCUAUUCAAAUAACUUGUGAAAGACGGCUGAGUGCGAGGAAGAGGGCCCCAACUAAUACACACUCAAGUUCCAUAAAAGUUACAUCCACACUGACUCUUGACUCAACUUGAACUCAAAACGUGUGAAUUGUAAACGAGUGCCUGUAAAUGAAUAGAAGCUCUUCACCGAAGUGAAUGUCGCAAGUGUUGAAAUGUUAUAAGCUGUAAAAAGCUGUGUAUGCUGUAUCAGCUGAUAAAUAUACACUCAUGUUUCCUAUGCUGUCAUGUAUGUUUGGAGAUGAUCACUUUCUGUAUGACAGUGAAGCCAGAUUUUGCAUUAAAUCACUUGUGGGUAUCAAACAGUUAA